GGCCAACCUCCCGUAUUUAAGGAUGACGAUUCCACCACCCAAGUGAUCUGACAGUAAGGAAGCAAACUGCGGCAAAGAUCUCCUGCAUAAACACCAAUUCGCCGUUCUUGAGUGGUCCAAUUCGCUCGUGAAGAACCACCUCGCUACAUCCGCAGCCAUGUCGAACACUCCACAAUCACUCAACCUCCCGAUCUCAACUCCGCGGCCUCUGACUCCUCCACCCGCCAGUCCGUAUCCGCCAACGCCUCGCCAUCCCGAUCGGGGCGGCAUAGCCGUCUUCUCGGGGGGUACGGCAGCUAACUUCCUGGUCGAUGUUUUCGACAAGAUUACCACGAGAAAGAAGUGCCCCCUGCGCUACAUCAUACCCAUCAGCGACAAUGGCGGCAGCUCCUCAGAGCUCAUCAGGGUGUUUGGUGGGCCGAGCGUCGGUGAUGUGCGAAGCCGUCUUGUCCGCUUGAUUCCCAAUCACAAGGGCGACCAGGAAAGGACAGCGAUCAAGACGCUGUUUGAGUACCGCCUAUCUGCAGAUCCAAUGAUGGCGCGAGCAGAGUGGCUCGACAUAGUGGAGUCAAGACAUAUCCUAUGGACGUUCGUCCCGAGCCAGCAGAGGGAGCUGAUCCGCUCGGUCUUCAACACGCUGAACCUCGAGAUAGUCAAGAGGAACAGGCCUACGAGUGUGUUCAAUUUUGCCGAGGCCAGCGUCGGCAACCUCUUUCUGACGGGAGCCCGGCUCUUCUCUGGCUCGUUCGAGUCGGCGAUUUACCUCCUCUCGCUGAUAUGCGCCAUCCCGGAGUCCACCAGCGUCCUGCCCGCCAUCAAUUCCAACUUCACGCACCACAUCUCGGCGGGCCUGGCGGACGGGUCCAUCCUCGCGGGCCAGGUCGCCAUCUCUCACCCGUCGGGCCCCACCGCCGUGCCGGACCACACGUUCCAGCCCACGGGGAACAGACACCUGGACCUGGACCGUGUCGAGGACGCCAACCUGCCCGGCUCGCUGCCGGUGCUGCGCGGCCACCACUCCUUCUCCAAGGACGAGGAGGAGGACCUGACGUGCCGGAUCGAGCGGGUGUGGUACAUCAACCCGUACGGGCACGAGAUCUGGCCGGUGGCCAACUCCAAGGUGAUGGCGGCGCUCGAGGACAGCGAGACGGUGGUGUACAGCAUCGGCAGCUUGUACACGAGCAUCAUCCCGUCGGUGAUCCUGCGGGGCGUCGGGGCGGCCGUGGCGGGGGGCGGGGUCAAGAACAAGGUGCUCAUCCUCAACAGCAAGACGGACCGGGAGACGGGGCCCGGGACCGACCCCAUGACGGCGGCGGACUUUGCCCGGGCCAUCGCAAAGGCGGCCAAGGAGAGCCAGACGGACUUUGGCCCCGUGGGCGAGGCGGAGAUCAGGAGGUAUGUCACGCACGUUGUCUACCUGGCCGGGGCCGAGACGGGCGCGCCCGGCAUGCCGAGGGUCAACGUCGAGGAGCUGGGCGGGCUGGGCAUCAAGUGCGUCAAGGUCAAGGGGCGGGUGGAGGGCGAGGGCAAGCGGCGGAUCGUGAGGUACGAAGAGACCGGCCUGGUGGAGGCCCUGGAGAGCAUCAUUGGCUGAGCCGCACAACUUGGGCCUGGUGGCUGGUGGGCCUGAAGCUUUUCACAUAUCCCAGGAGGUACAGACGAGUACGGAGUAGGCACGGGAGUGAGUGUAUUAUGUGGUUGUCUCAUCAGUGCAAGUCACCAUCACGCAGGAACGGGUAUUCCCACGGCUGGCCUGCUUGCCAGAUCAGGUAGACUACCUAGACUAUUAAUCGCUGUCUGACACGGCAACCCGCCGUCUGGUGGUCAGGGAACGGUAGCUGACAUAA